UUGCUCAGAUAAGUAUAAAUGCAGACAGCCCAGCUCAGCAAUCACUGAGUUAAUGAAAAUGCACCGCAUUUACUGGUUAAACCCUGGACUAUCGCUCAAACUUUGCUGCUUGUUUACAUAACUCCACUCACUCAGCACCAGGGUUUGAAGCUGAUUCCAGAGACCUUGCCUGUUGAACAACCACCCACAUAUAUAUAUAUAAACGCUUGAUUUCUGGAUCUGGGCUUGAAAAUCAAAUCAGAAUCACAUUGAAAAUGGUUGGAUUCAGACCCACUGAUGUCCCCCCGACGGCUGCUGUCAAGUUCCUGGGGGCUGGCACUGCGGCUUGUGUGGCUGAUCUGGUUACCUUCCCUCUGGACACUGCCAAAGUCAGGCUGCAGAUUCAAGGAGAAUCCAAACUUGCCACUGAGGCGAAAUGUUUGAAGUACAGAGGGGUCUUUGGCACAAUGGCGACAAUGGUGAAGACUGAAGGAGCGCGAAGCCUCUACAACGGUCUGGUGGCUGGUCUGCAACGUCAGAUGAGCUUUGCUUCUGUGCGCAUUGGGUUGUACGAUUCUGUCAAACAGUUAUACACUCGGGGAUCUGACCCUGUGAGUAUUACCUGUCGGUUACUUGCUGGCUGUACAACAGGAGCCAUGGCUGUCACGUUGGCACAACCGACCGAUGUGGUCAAAGUUAGGUUUCAAGCGCAAGUGAGUGUAGACGGCGUGAACAAGAGGUACAAUGGAACGAUCCAUGCCUAUAAAACUAUUGCCAAGGAGGAGGGAAUUCAAGGGUUGUGGAAAGGUACUCUGCCAAAUAUUGUCCGCAAUUCCAUUGUGAAUUGCGCAGAGCUGGUGACCUACGAUUUGAUCAAGGAGGCACUGGUGGGAAACCAGAUCAUGACCGAUAACCUUCCGUGUCACUUCUCUUCUGCCUUUGGUGCCGGAUUCUGCACAACCAUUGUUGCCUCACCUGUUGAUGUAGUGAAGACAAGAUAUAUGAACUCUGCCCCAGGCCAGUACCGCAGUGCCUUAAAAUGUGCCUUCAUCAUGUUCACAAAGGAGGGUCCUACAGCCUUUUACAAAGGGUUUAUGCCGUCGUUCCUGCGGCUAGGAUCCUGGAACGUGGUGAUGUUUGUUACUUACGAACAGCUGAAACGUGGUAUGAUGGUGGCCAGACAAUCCUGGGACUCUCGUGCGUGAAUUCAAUGUAUUGUUUACUUUAAAUGUUAAACAAUGUUGGUAUCAAUUUUAAAUUAACUGGAAGAUCUUUCUAUCUUGCGUUUUGAAGUUUUUUUUUAUAAUUUAUGCACAUCGCAGGUCGAUUGUAUUGUUAUGUCUUGGCACUUUUCUACGUGGUUUUUAAAUGUUAAACGUUGCUUUCCUUUAAUAUAUAUAUUUUUAUAAAUAUGGAAUAAAACAAUUUCUGCAAUGCCUUUUUUGUUUUCAAUUAAAAAACAUAUCCUGAAGA